GGAUGCAUACGGCGCAGCCACGCUUGGACUAGAAAGAACGGCGGCGCCACCACCUGUCGAGACGAGGCUCCUCCGCACUGCCACGGCGGGCCGAGCUCCCCACACCUGUUCGGCCCUCCCGCUUCUUAUAGCGGGGUUCCACUACGCGCCAGCGCCAUGUCCCUUGCCGCCGCAGCCUCCCCGUCCUCGUCCCGCUUCCUGUUGCCCUCCACGGCCGCCCGCCGCCGGUCCCUCCACCACCUCCUCGCCGCGCCCGCGCCCCCGAGGCCGCCGCAGCUUCGGCGCUGCUCCCCGUACCACUGGAUGGCGCAAUUUUGGGCUGAAGGAUCACUGGAGAAGAACAACGCUCUGGUUGAAUACCUGAAACAGUAUGGUGUUGUUCGAACCGAUAAAGUGGCAGAAGUUAUGGAAACUAUCGACCGAGCCUUAUUUGUACCGGAGGGCUUUACCCCUUACACCGACAGUCCUAUGCCUAUUGGUUACAAUGCAACAAUAUCUGCUCCUCACAUGCACGCAACCUGCUUAGAACUGUUGAAGGAUUAUUUACAGCCAGGCAUGCAUGCUCUGGACGUUGGAUCAGGCAGUGGUUACUUGACUGCUUGCUUUGCAAUGAUGGUCGGACCAGAAGGUCGCGCAGUGGGGAUUGAACACAUUCCUGAACUCGUUGUUGCUUCUACUGAAAAUGUCGAACGGAGUGCUGCAGCAGCACUAAUGAAGGAUGGUUCACUUUCUUUUCAUGUUUCAGAUGGAAGGCUUGGCUGGCCGGAUGCGGCGCCAUACGAUGCUAUUCAUGUGGGCGCAGCGGCACCUGAGAUCCCUCGGCCACUGCUGGAGCAGCUGAAGCCUGGCGGGCGGAUGGUCAUACCCGUUGGCACAUACUCUCAGGACCUGCAGGUGAUUGACAAGAGCGCCGACGGAUCCACCAGCGUCCGCAACGAUGCCUCUGUUCGCUACGUCCCUCUGACCAGCCGCUCUGCUCAGCUGCAGGACAGCUGAGAUCCUUCGCUCUGGAUCUGGAAAUGUGUGUGUAUAUAUGUGAGUGCCGAUGAUCUUUGUCUACCAAUGUGGCGUCUGAUGUUUUAGAUGGUUUGGUUUUGUAUAAUGCUUACUGCUGGUUGAUGUUGCUUAGAAUAUGUGAAUACGUGUUGUGUGUGAUAA